CGCUGACAGGAAGAAAGAUGGCGAUCUUUAGUGUAUAUGUUGUCAAUAAGGCCGGUGGGCUCAUCUACCAGUACGACAAUUAUGUACCUCGAGCUGAAGUUGAAAAAACAUUCAGUUUUCCGCUUGAUUUAGUUUUAAAGAUUCACGAUGAGAAGGCAGUUGUGUCUUUCGGACAGCGCGACGGGAUCAGAGUGGGUCAUGCGGUUCUGUCCAUUAACGGGGUGGAUGUGAAUGGUAAACACACGGCUGAAGGGAAGGAAAUCCUGGAAUAUCUGAAAGAUCCUGCCAACUAUCCAGUGUCCAUCAGAUUCGGCCGACCUCGUCUCACUUCCAAUGAGAAACUGAUGUUGGCCUCAAUGUUUCACUCGUUGUUUGCCAUUGGGUCACAGUUAUCACCUGAAGUUGGCAGCUCUGGUAUUGAAAUGCUGGAGACAGACAUGUUCAAACUGCACUGCUUUCAAACACUCACAGGUAUAAAGUUCAUUGUAUUGGCAGACCCUCGACAGUCCGGCAUUGAUGCCCUCCUAAGAAAGAUUUAUGAGAUCUACUCAGACUUUGCACUGAAGAAUCCUUUCUACUCUUUAGAAAUGCCUAUCAGAUGUGAGCUUUUUGACCAAAAUCUAAAGAGUGCUCUGGAAGUAGCAGAGAAAGCUGGGACAUUUGGACCUGGGUCCUGAACUGGACUUACAUUGAGUGUGUUCAUCCUACUGACAGGAUCUCCAAACAUUCUGAGGUCAAACUUGUGCAGAAAAUGGGAUAAGGAUUUUUCAUCAACCUUUUAAGGAAUACAAACAAGAGUUUUCCUCAAGCUCAAACAAUUUAACAUAGUUUCGGACAACUGAACCGGUUUAAUUUACAUUUUUCGUGAAAUGAAGUCCCAAAUUUACAGUGAAAAACACAUUUCACAUAACCUUUGUAAAUAAUGUACAUGGACACAGUUUAAGUUUGUAAUGUGCAGAAUGUCAGUCCAUGGAGCAGCUCAAGAUGCUCUAAACAUGUUCAAUAUAACAUGUCUAUUAGCAUCUUUCUACAUGAAAUGAAAUUUCCAUGUCAUUUGCUUUCUGUCAGCAGAAUAUGAAAAGUCUACUUUACCUUGGAUCAGUUUCUGAAGUUUGGUCUUACAUUUUUUAUUUAUAUAAACUCAUUACAUUGUGCUAUUAAACAUUCAUGUGCUAUAA